GCUCCUGGAACUCUCUUGGUGGUGUUCAUAGCGGGCUGUUGUUAGCCAUCCGGCUGGAUUGCACUCCUAUUUCUGGGCAAGGACUGAACUCUAAAACCAGAUGUGAAGAUGUCCAAUCCACCUGAUCUUCCAACCACAUCUAGUCAAGCUGCACUGCAGUUUGACUUUCACAGUAUGUUUAGUUCUGUGAAGAAGGGCUGGUUGGAGAAGCGUUGUGUUGAGUUUUCAUGUUACAUUGAUCCAGAGCUGUUCAUCAUGGACAGGCAUCAGCAUAAAUCCACAGCCUCUCAAAAAUCUAGACCAGUCGAAGUCAGCACCAUGUUCCAACAUCUUUCCAGAGGAGGUCAAUGCAGCAAAACAGUGGUGACCAAAGGCGAAGCUGGCAUUGGCAAGUCCUUCCUUGUGGAGAGGUUUAUGCUGGACUGGGCCGAAGGUCGAGCAGGUCAAGAAUUUCAUCUGGUUUUUCCUUUUGAUGCUCGCCAGCUGGGUUUAUGUAGAGGAAAGAGUUUCAGGCUAGCAGAGCUAAUUCACACGUGUGUUCCAGAAAUGGCAUCCAUUGCAGAGGAAAUGCUUAAUGAAAUCCUCACAGACCUACAAGAUGUCCAACACACCAUUGAUGAUAGACGGAAAUUUAAGCUUCUGUUUGUUAUCGAUGGUCUGGAUCAGAAUCUCCUUGAACUUGAUUUUACCGGCCGAACACGAAAGCCGGAUAUCCGAAAGUCAACCAGAGUAGAAGUGCUUCUGACUAAUCUCAUCAUGAAGAAACUGCUUCCUUCUGCUUGUCUCUGGAUUACCACGCAAUCUGCAGCAGCCAAUCAGAUCCCUGCUAAGUGUGUUGACAUGGUAACGGAGCUCAGAGGGUUCACUAACCUGAAGAGAGACAAGUUCUUUAGGAAGAGAUUCAUAGAUGAAGAGAAGGCCAAUAGGAUCAUCUCCCACAUAAACACAUCACAAGGCCUCCAUAUCCUGUGCUACACCCCAUUCUUCUGCUGGAUCACUGCUGCGGUUCUGGAGGAGUCCUUGGAGGCCAGACAGGGAGAAGAGCUGCCAAACACCCUGACAGAGAUGUAUGCAGAGUUUCUGAUGGCUCAGAUCAACCACACAGAGAAAAAGUAUGCUCCGGAAAAGUGCAUCAAAUCUUUGGCCAAACUAGCCUUUCAGAACAUCCUGAAAAAUCAAACAGUUUUCACUGAGGAAGACUUAAGGAGAUGUUGCCUUCCGGCUGGAACUGCAUUGUUCUAUUCAAGGUGGUUUAAAAAGAUCUUUAAGGAGUUUCCUGGAAAGAAGUCAGAGGAGGAACAGAUGUUCUGCUUUGCUCAUUCCAGCAUUCAGAGGUUUCUUGCUGCUGUUCAUGUGAUUAUUUCACUGAUCACCUACAACAGAAAUGUUAUGCAUGUGUCAUGGUUUAACUCUGAUGAAUGGCCCAAAUUAUUCAGCAGAAUAUCUGCAACAAAGGUUCACAGAAGGGCAUUGAAAAGAGCCCUGAAAAGCCCAAAUGGAAAGCUAAACCUGGUCCUACGGUUCAUCAUGGGUCUUUCUCUGCAAACAACCCAGGUCCGUAUGGCUGGCCUGCUGACACCAACAGGAAAUGUCACAUGGUCUAACAACGAAACAAGUAAAUACAUCAAGAGGAAAAUCAGACGGAGUAAAUCACCAAAAAAAAUGAUAACCAUGCUGCACUGUCUGAAUGAGCUGAAGGAUGACUCUAUCGUGGAGGAGAUAGAAUACGUCCUGAGAUCAGGAAGUCUACUCACAGACAGCCAAUGGUCCGCCCUGAACUUCAUAGUACUGUCCUCAGAAAACCAUCCACAUGAGUUUGACCUGAAGAAGUACUCUGCUUCAGACGGGGUUCUGCUGCAGCUCCUGCCUGUUCUGAAGGCCUCCAGCAAAGCACUGUUAAAAAGCUGUAAAUUAUCAGAAGCAUCCCUGGAAGUUCUGUCUCAGGUUCUCAGCUCUCAUUGCUCCAGUCUGAGAGAACUGGACCUGAGUUACAACGACCUGCAGGAUUCAGGAGUGAAGCUGCUCUCUGUUGGACUGCAGAGUCCAGACUGUAAACUGGAAACUCUCAGGUUAGCAGACUGUAAAUUAUCAGAGGCAUCCCUGGAAGUUCUGUCUCAGGUUCUCAGCUCUCAUUGCUCCAGUCUGAGAGAACUGGAUCUGAGUUACAACGACCUGCAGGAUUCAGGAGUGAAGCUGUUUUCUGUUGGACUGCAGAGUCCAGACUGUAAACUGGAAACUCUCAGGUUAGUAGACUGUAAAUUAUCAGAGGCAUCCCUGGAAGUUCUGUCUCAGGUUCUCAGCUCUCAUUGCUCCAGUCUGAGAGAACUGGAUCUGAGUUACAACGACCUGCAGGAUUCAGGAGUGAAGCUGCUUUCCGUUGGACUGCAGAGUCCAGACUGUAAACUGGAAACUCUCAGGAUGUCUCGCUGUUUGAUCACGGAGGAUGGUUGUAAUUUUCUGGUUUUGGCUCUAAAAUCCAACCCACGCCAUCUGAAAGAACUUGACCUGAGCUACAACCACCCAGGAGAGUCAGGAAAAAAGGAGUUAACAGCUGGACUGGAGGAUCCCCUCUGGACUCUAGAGACUCUUAGGUUGGACAACUGUGGAGAGCAUAAGCUGCGAACUGGAGUCAGGAAAUACACCUGUGAACUUGAAAUGGACCCAAACACAGCAAACACAUUCCUCAUGUUGUCCCAAAGCAACAGGAGGGUGGUGUGUUCGAGGAAACAGGUAUAUCCAGAUCACAAAGAAAGAUUUAACUUCUGGCAUCAGGUGCUAUGCAAAGACGCUCUGCCUAGCCGCUGUUACUGGGAGGUGGAAUGGGAAGGACAGGUUGAUAUAGCAGUAAGUUACAAAGGAAUCAGCAGAAAGGGAGACGGAAGAGACUCCCUAUUUGGAGCAAACGAUAAGUCCUGGACUCUGACCUGCCUCCUCAACCGCUUUGCUGUCUUUCAUAACAGAAAGCUUAAAGAACUUUCCCCGCCCCCGGGCGCCUUCAACAGAGUCGCAGUGUUUGUGGACUGUCCUGCUGGCAUUCUGUCCUUCUAUGCGGUUUCCUCUGACACGCUCAUCCACCUCCACACAUUCAGCACCACAUUCUCCGAACCUCUGUAUGCCGGAUUUGGAUGUGAUCGGGAUAAGGGGCUGAUGAACUUCUUAUAUAUGAGGUCGUCACUGUCUGUGUGCACGCCGUCCAAAGACGAGUCUGCGGCACCUGCUACAAAAUAAGAACCAAAGAAUUUGG